CAUUGGGGAGAUAUCACUUCCUGACCCAUAGCCACAAUGGGAAGUGAGAGGAAAUCUCUGCAAAAUGAGGGAAUCCCUGGUUGUCACCUGAUCUCUGUGUCCCCGUUGGAAGAUUUUCUCCUCUUUGGCGACAACCUGAAAUUUUGGAUUUUCUUUCACUUUCAGUGCAGGGACGGACUGACAACUCAUGGGGCCCCCGGGCAAUAGGGGAUCAUGGGGCCCCUGUGUCCUCAAAUCACACCCAAAAAACCUAUGAAAGGUACCAGGGGCAUCUCAUGGGGCCCCCUACUACUGCCCUCGGGCAGUGCCUGAGUUCCCAAAUGGUCAGUCCGCCCCUGCU